AGAGACGAAUCAGAGUGAAGAGAUAUCUUUCAAACUAUUUUACAUUUAACAUUUAAAUAAGUAUUUAAUGAUACAUCAUUAUCAACAGGUUUAAGUGAAUUAUGAUAUCGAUUCGUGAAAAGACCUGGAUGAUUAGUCGCUUAUUUGAGAAACGCAUAAGAAGCAGAGGGUGUGCAACCAAAGUCUCACAUGAUGUGACAAAAACAGUAGAUGUUUUGGCUAACACAGAAGUUUCUUCGAAACAUGUUAAACCAUUGUACGACACAUUCGGACGCUUUCACGAUUACCUUCGAAUUUCGCUGACAGAAAGAUGCAAUUUAAGAUGUUUGUAUUGCAUGCCCGAAGAAGGAGUAAAAUUGACCCCAAACAAAAAUUUGUUAACGACAGAUGAAGUUAUUUACUUGACACAGCUUUUUGUGCAGGAAGGCGUAAGAAAAGUCAGAUUAACAGGCGGAGAGCCAACGGUUCGUCGUGACUUAGAGGAGAUUAUUCGAAGAAUGAAGAAAAUUGAAAAGUUAAAAAGCGUUAGUAUUACAACGAAUGCACUUGUAUUAACGCGGCAGCUUGUAAAAUUACAAAGAGCAGGACUGGAUGGCUUGAAUAUAAGUUUAGAUACUCUGAAACCCGAAAAAUAUGAAAAAAUUACACGAAGAAAAGGUUGGGAAAGGGUAAUUGCUGGGAUUGAUUUGGCAAUUCAAUUAGGUUAUAAACCAAAAGUAAAUUGCGUGGUCAUGAAAGGUUUCAACGAAGAUGAAAUUUUGGAUUUUGUUGAAUUUACUCGAGAUCGUGCUGUAGAUAUCAGGUUUAUCGAGUAUAUGCCGUUCGCUGGAAAUAAAUGGGAUACCGUCAAAUUGCUUUCAUUUAAAGAAAUGAUCGAAAUUAUCAAUUCGCGAUGGUCUAACUUUAUUCCAUUAGAAAAUGGACCAAAUGACACUUCAAAGGCAUUCAAAGUUGAAGGAUAUUUGGGUCAAGUUGGUUUUAUAACAUCAAUGACACAGCAUUUUUGUGGUUCUUGUAAUCGUUUACGUAUUACCGCCGAUGGAAAUUUAAAAGUUUGUCUCUUUGGCAAUACAGAAGUAUCGCUGAGAGAUGCAAUACGAAACGGAUGCUCUGAAAGUGAUGUAAUUGCUUUGAUAUCUGCUGCAGUUAAGAGAAAGAAAAAACAACAUGCAGCUUAUCUAAAAAAUCUAAGCUUAGUAUUGAACAUUCCAUCUACUUUUAUCCAAUCACCAUUAUUAACAUUGUCAUCAAGUGCAACAUUUGCUCACCGUUUACACUUUCGUCAAUUGUCGUGUCUUACACACACGGAUUCCAAAGGAAAAGCUCGUAUGGUUGAUGUAAGUGCCAAAAAUGUAACUAAAAGAACAGCGAUUGCUCGUGCCCGUAUAUGUGUUGGAAAAGACGUAUAUAAGUUAGUAAAAGAAAAUCAAAUUAAAAAGGGAGAUGUAUUGACCGUUGCUCAAAUUGCUUCUGUUUUAGCAGCAAAACGAACUUCAGACUUAAUUCCCCUUUGUCAUAAUAUCCCUCUAUCGGGGAUAAAAACAGAAUUCGAGUUAAAUGAUAAAGAUAAAACAAUAGAAAUUAUAGCAACAGUCAAUUGUGAUGGGAAAACUGGAGUAGAAAUGGAAGCUUUGAUGGCGGUUAGUGUUGCUGCAUUAACAAUUUACGAUAUGUGUAAAGCAGUGAGUCAUGAAAUGGUUAUUGAAGAUAUUCGACUGAUACAAAAAACAGGGGGAAAAUCCAAAUAUACAUAUAGCGAAUAAUCAAAAGUGCAAUAUUUGCCUUAUAUUAGUAUCUUUAUUUUUUUCAUAUAAUUGUUCUUCAGUUAUUUUUAUAAAGAUUUGUUAAUGGA